AUGAAGGGCUUCGCAAGCAACUCCUUUCUUUUGACGAGAAAGUUUCACCGGCAAAAAAUCCUUCACAGAGAUUACAAACGCUAUGCGGUCUCAGUAUUUCAUCAGAUAUCGCAAAGUGCGCGAAGUGUUUUCGACACGAAGCAAAGAAGCAACAGUGAACAACCGAAGCGGCAUCGAAGUGAUGACAUCGGGGACAACGCAAGAAACACCGAGCAAAACAACGAACUAUCACAAAAAGAGAAGUUAUUCAAGAAUGGAAAGAUCGUCGUAGACAGGAACAACUUCGAGAACAGUCGACCAUGGCCAAAGUCGCUUAUAGAAAAGGUCGAAGAAAUGCUCAAAAUCGAAGAGCAUCAUGUCAUUUCUUUGGAAGACAUUACAAAUGUAGAGUGGUGUCCCAAAUUUGUGAAACCAGAAAUCCAUGGGCAUGUAAGAGGAGGCAGGGCUUUGGCUCAUCACAGGUGUAGCGAAUGCAGGCGUUUGUGUCUCCAUCUUCUUGGUCGCCCUGGAUCAAAAAGACAGUGUUUGGAAUGUUCAGGGAAAUGGAAUAAGAAAUAUAUUCCAGUGUGGUAUUACCACAACGGCUGUAAAUACUGCAGAAGAAACUGA